UUCGGAAAGCGAAAUCAAUUACGUCUGCAUUGCUUCUAAAUGUAGACACCGUACAAUUGAACUUAGCAUUCUUCCCGCUUAAUUUCUGUUUGUAUUCAUUCGGCAGCGCGUUUAGGCCGCCAACGAGUCGGGCCGGAAUCAACGGCGCCCUCACCCGCUGGACCUGGAAAGUGGAACAAAAUCCAAGAUCAACGUGGCCAUCAUGAAACCUUCGUGAAGUGCACAGGUUCUGCCGCGUCUCGCUUCCUCGCCCGUGACUCACGCAAGAGAGGACAAACCUGAUUGAAAGUCACGCGUCACACACCCUCUUACAUUUUAAACACAAAAAUCCUAAACUGCUAAACUAAGUGUGUAUUCUUUCAAUGAAUUGUUCACCCGCAGUCCACAGGGACUGAAGAUGGAAAUUAGCCAUGGACUAUAAUCUUGUACAGGCUCAGUUUAUUUCUUGUAAAAGCAGAAGCAGGAAGUGACGUGCCCGAGGAGCCCGAGGGUGCGACAGGAAGUGACGCUACACAAUCAAGAAUGAAAAGUGAAAGAAGCGAUGUCGCUCGAGGUCGCGCGGUCGUCAGCGUGAUGGAGCCGGCGGAGCUGCUGCUGAUCAAGGACCAGUACGAGCUGGCCUUCCGCUGCCUGAGCCGCGGCCUGACGCUGGACGAAGGCGGCAAUGGCUCCGAGGCCGCCGAGUACUACCGCAAGGGCCACCAGCACCUCAUGCAGGGCCUGGGCGUGCCCACCGGGGGGCCGCGUCACCGGGGGCCGCUGUGGGAGCGAGCCCGCGAGCUGCAGCGCAGAAUGCGGGGCGCCCUGGCCACCGUCAGCGCCCACCUCUCCGCCCUGGACGCCUCGCAGGCGCCCCCUCCCGGCCAGAGGCGGCGGCUGCUCAUGGACCUGACCCCCAGCCUUUACCCCGUGCAGCACCUGUACCCCUCCAUCCCUCCGCUCCUCCCGGCGAGUAACGCGCAGCCCGCCAUGUCCCAGCCGCCGGUGUACUCGCCCCGGCCCGCCGAAGGCCACCGCAGUCUGGCCGGCGGGCCGAGCUCGGCGGCGUCGGAGAGCGCCAGCGAGCUGCUCCUCAUCCCCGCCGGCGUGCAGAUGUUCUUCGUGGCCCCCGGCGGGCAGGUGAGCGCCCUGUCGCACCCCGGAUACCUUCGCAUCGUCAGCUUUGACGCCCAGCCGCCCGAUGAGAGGGGGCCCGUCUUCCUGGAUGUGUGCGGCUGGCUGCACUCGCUCACCCGGCACACGCCGGUGCUGCUGGCCCCCUCCGGCAUCUUCAUGCUGCCGGAUAAGCUGGCACCCGUGCCGGGCGCCUCUAUCGGCGUGGUGCUGUCGUCGCAGCUGCCCGCCGCCGACCGAGAAAUGUUCCGGGACCUCAUGACGCAGCUGAGUGACUUCAGGGUGCAGAGUCCCGACAGCGUGGGCUCCGAGGUCGUCAGCCUGAGUGAGACGGUCCCCCUCGGUCCUCAGGUGGUGUUUCCCGAGAAGGGGGUCAAAGCGCCUCUUCCGACUUGGAGUGAGAAGAUGGGCCAGGGACUCAUGACAGGGGCGACGCGGUUGGGCCACGAGGUGGUCAGAGGGGCCGAGGCCACCACCAGGGUCAUUCAGAAGGGGGCGGUGAAGAUCCGGGACCGGCUGACGCCCGAGGACACGCCCUCCGAGGUCAGCCCGCAGGUCUCCAAGGGCCUGCAGGUGGCCAAGCAGGCCACCGGGGGCGCCUUGCGUGUCAGCCAGUACUUGGUGGACGGUGUGAGCACGAUGGCGGAACAUCUGGCGGAGAAGGUGGCGCCUCACGUGAAGAAGCACGGGGCCAAGCUGAUCCCGGAGUCCAUGAAGAGCAAAGAGGGCGAGCCGUCCAAUCUCGAGGGAGCCAAAUUUGUGGCCGCCAGAAGCCUGCUAGGCUUCACCACCGUGUGGACCAGCCUGGAGACGGGAGCCAAGCUGGUGGGCAAGAGCGUGACGUCCGAAACGGUGGACACGGUGACCUACAAGUACGGCAACGACGCGGGCCAGGCCACCGACACGGCGCUGCGCUCGGUGACCGACGUGGGCGUGACGGCGUACAACGUGGACAACUUGGGCCUGAAGGCCAUCCUGAAGACCACGGGCAAGGAGAUGGCCAAAGGCAUAGUGAAGAGCUCCAAGGGCGCGCAGGCGGACGAAAGCCACGAGUGGACGCCCGGCACAUCGCAGGGAGGGCAGGCCGCCACCAAUGACAACAAGGACAAGGAAGUGCAGAAAGACAAGGUGGACGAGGGCAAAAAAGACACUUGAUAGAUAGAAAGCCAGACAUUGGACAUUUGGAAAAAAAUGCUUCAAAUCAGGUGGGGGGAGGAAUAGAAUUUCAGACUGUCUCCGAAGGCAGCAUCUGACUUAUUUAGAUGAUGUAUAGGUAGGCUGCUAGGACCAGUAUUUGGACAGACACACACAAAUAGACAUAUGAAGAUAGUUAAGACAGGUGCUUUGGAAACACAGAUCGAUAGUAGAUAAAUAAAUAGAUAUAUUGGAUAGAUGACUAUCUUUGUAAAAGCAGAUUUGUUUGUAUUGGAUCACGUUUGAUUGUGUACCGAGUCAGUGGACGCAACUUUCGCUAUAAUUAUAAAAAAAAAUUCUAAAUUGCUUCAUGAACAGUGUUUUUUUUUUUUUUUUUUUUUUUUAACAUUAUCCUUUCACCUUAAUAGCCAAAUGAUUAUUAUUCAAGUCAUAUAAAUUGUUCAUAAUCGAUGGUUAAUUGUCUUAAUUAUGCGCCACUGCGCGUUUCUCUGGCGAUCGUAACUAUUUAAGAGGCUUAUUGCCUUUCACUUCCGGUUUCGCUUGGGAGCCAACCAGUCAACCAAACGACUACCGAGUCUUUUGGUAACAUUUCCUUGCGUAAAGUGGAACUAUUGAUUGUUUUAGUCUGUCACUGCUUCUAAAGUGAAUAAACUCACUAUAAACGAUUAA